GUGAUGAUCUUUCAUGAAACCAGAUCGGCAUUCAUCAAUUAAAGUGUGUAAUUUAGAUUUGAGACGUUUUGCUAAGAUAGAUGCUAGAAUCUUAUAGUCAUUAUUUAGCAAUGUAAUGGGUCGCCAAUUUUCAAUUAAUCGAGUCUUUGGGAGGUUUUGGAAUAAGUGUUAUGACGCCUUGCCUCAGAGAGGGAGGGAGUUCCCCUCUGUCCAGAGAUUCUUUGAAGACAGCCAGAAGAAAUUUACCUAAUGACUCAAUGAAACAUUUAUACAUCUCAGAAGUCAGGCCAUCACAGCCUGCUGAUUUAUUGUUCUUUAACUGAGUUAUUCCCCAAUUAAUCUCCUCAAUAGUUAUGUCCUGACAGAAGCUUUUAUUAUAUUCUUCAUCCACACAGUUAGGUGAGUUAAUAAGGUUAAAAAUUUCAUUUGGAUCUUUGAGAUUAUUAUCUUUUGAGUAAAGUUGUUCGUAGAAAGCACUUUUUUCCAUGGUAAAGAAAUAUCUGCUGUUUUUCUCUCCCUGUUCCAUCCAAUUCCUACGUGACCUUAUAAAAGCUCCUUUUGCUUUGUUCUCUGCAGGAGUAUUUUAUUGGUCCAAAACUUCUCUCAUUUAAAUCAGCGGAGUGGCUUCGUCCAGUAAGAUACUCACUAAGCAUGCGCACUAGAGACAAACUACUUUCGAUUUUAGUCCUCUAACUUUGAAAGGGAUAAAAUGAUUUAAUCGUGCGGCUCUUCUAGACUUUCCAAAUGCUUUCGGACCAAAUGGAUCACUUGUGAUAGUGAAACGAGUUUUUUCGAGGGGAACUGUGACUGAAAAGAAGUUUACUCUGUUCUUACAGUCGUUUCUUUCACAAUGUCGUAGCUACGUCCUGGAAAGUUUUGCCAAUAGAGGAGACAUGUGGGAAAGAUCUCUGAACAGGGAUCACGACAUACUAUUUAUGUACUAUUUAUGUAAACAAUGGAUCGGAAUGUAGUUUUGAAAAUAUGAAGGUAGUCAUCUUUGUGUUUACACUUUAUUCGGUUGCAGUUUCCAUCGUGCUCGGGACGAGACUGACAGUCAACAGCGAGACACAUUCCCUCUUUUACACCUACACGGCUUUCUCCAAACCUGUCGGACUCCCGGGCAUCCACCAGUUCUCAGCCAUGGGUCUGCUGGAUGGCAGGAUGAUCGACUACUUUGACAGCGAUCACCAGCAGAAAGUUCCCAAACAGGACUGGAUGAAAGAGAGACUGCCUGCAGAUUACUGGGACAAAGGAACACAGUCCCGCCUGAAAAAGCAGCAGAGUUUAAAAAACAACCUCGACAUCCUGAUGAAACGAAUGAGACAGAGUGACUCAGAUUCAGACGUCCAUGUUCUUCAAUGGAUGAGCGGCUGUGAGGGCGACAUGCAGCCUGACGGCAGCAUUACGUUUCACCGUGGUAAGGACAUUUACAGCUACGAUGGAAACGACUUCCUGUCCUUCGACGACACCAACAAAGUCUGGGUUGCUGUGCUGAAGCAGCCAUCCGAACCCAAGAGGAAGUGGAAUAACCAGGUCCUAAUAGAAGUCACCAGGCAGUACCUGGAGAACGAGUGCAUGGAUUCGUUGAGCAAGUUUGUGGGAUAUGAGCAAACGCAGCUACAAACCGCCCCUCCACCUGAGGUCUUCAUGUUCUCAAAGAACACUGCAGUUGAGUCAAAGGUCAUGUUGACGUGCCUGGCCACAGGUUUCUACCCAAAAGACAUCAUCCUGAACAUCAAGAGAAACGGUCGUGUUCUAACUAAAGAGGACGGAGUGUUUUCCUUUGGCGUUCGACCAAAUGAAGACGACACCUUCCAGAGAAGAGACAGUGUGGAGAUUUUAAGGAGCGACACGUCUACAUUCACCUGUGAAGUGACUCAUCCUGCAUCCAGGUUACAUGUUGAAAAGGAAUGGGAUCAUAAACUACCUCCUGAUGUACCUGGACAAUCAACCAUCCUUACUGUGGUGGUGCUGGUGCUGGCUGUUGUGGUGCUGGCCGUUGUGGUGCUGCUGGCUGUUUACUUGUACAGUAAAUUCAGAAAUGGAGCUGGACACAGAAAUGAUGACGGACAUGCACAAGGUCCACCACUUAUGGGCGUAAAUGCUGACUCAGCCAAUGAUUGUGACGACAGAAGUUUCUGGAUCCAUUACCCAUUCAACAAAUGGGGAAGUCGAAAACCAACAGAACAAAAUUGAUAUUUAAAUAUAAAAGUUUAAAAUGUCUCCACGGCCUCUUAAAGGGUUUAAGUGAAUUUUUUUCAAACUUUAAUAAAGUGAAGACUCCAGCUAAUCAUUUAACUAGACAUUUAAAAAUGUUGCUGUAACAUAAUGUUGCAUAAUUUCAUCAUGGUAUACUUCCCAUUCCAGUCAACAAACUUGUAUGGUUUCAAUGACAUUGAAUUGAGAAUUGCUGAAUUGAAACAUUAUGUUUGCUUUCAUUGUUAAACUCAUUGUGCGCUUAUUACUACUGACAGAAAAUGUAACUUUGACAAUUAUUUCAAUAGAUGUGUUUUAAAGUCUAUAAGUCUAGAAGUGUAUGAAAAUCUAUGGCUGCCUUUUAAAAAAGUCUUCUGUAAACAUCUUUAUUGUAUUUUAUUGUAUAAAAUAUGCUCAGUAGGUCAAAAUAGACAGAUUGUCUAAUAGGACUUCGAAUGAGGAAUUUGAUAGCAGAGUUUUACUGGCGGCUGUGGCUCAGGAGAUAGAGCGGGUUGGCCAUUAACGUCGGCGGUUCAAUCCCCAGCUCCCCCUGAUUGCGUGUCAAAGUGUCCUUGGGCAAGAUACUGAACCCCAAAUUGCCCCUGG